AUGCCAAGAAAAAUAGGAAAAUCGGUUGGUAGAAUUCAUGCAGUUUCACCUAAUCUCGAUGAAGCGUAUUUUUUAAGAACUCUUUUAAAUAAAGUCAAAGGUCCGAAAUCGUUUGAAGAUAUCCGCACGGUAAAAGGUCACGAAUAUGCUACUUUUAGAGAGGCAUGUUAUGCUCUUGGACUUUUAGAAGAUGAUAGAGAAUAUAUUGAUGCCAUCGAGGAAGCCAAUCAUUCAGGGUCUGGUUAUUAUUUACGAUCUCUAUUUGCAAUUAUGCUAAAGUCGAAUAGUUUGUCUAACCCCUCCUGUGGUUGGGAAACUACAUCGAAAUAUUUAUCGUAUGGAAUUCUAUACAAUCAACAGAAGCGAUUAAAUUCUCCAGGUUUAUCGCUUAAUGAGGAUCAACAUAAGAACUUGACCCUUUAUGAGAUUGAAAAAGUUUUACUCCAGAACAACUCAAGCCUCAAAGAUUAUUAUGGGAUACCUUACCCAGAUCAUGAAUCUAUAUCUUCUUCAAACAAUCGUUUGAUAACCGAGGAGCUAGAUUUUGACAGGACCGUUCUACACAACGAGUUGAUUCAUCUGUUGGAUUCAUUAACAGUUGAACAAACAGGUGUUUUUGACGAAAUCAUGAAACAUGUUCAACAAAAAAAAGGAGGCUUGUUUUUUGUAUAUGGCUAUGGUGGUACUAGGAAAACUUUUCUUUGGAAGACAUUAUCUGCAGCCUUAAGAUCUGAAGGUGAAAUGGUUUUAAAUGUUGCUUCAAGUGGUAUUGCUUCGUUAUUACUUACCGGAGGUAGAACGGCACACUCUCGCUUUAUAAUUCCUAUAAAUCUUACUGAGGAUUCUUUUUGUUCGUUCGCGCCGGAUAAUGAUGUUGCCGAUUUGUUAAGACGAGCAUCAUUGAUUAUAUGGGAUGAGGCACCAAUGAUUCAUAAACAUGCAUUUGAAGCAUUGGAUCGAUCUUUGAAGGAUAUAUUGAGUUGUGAUCUUCGCAGCAACUUAAAAUUUCCAUUUGGAGGAAAAUCAAUUGUUUUUGGAGGCGAUUUUAGGCAGAUUCUACCUGUUGUUCCAAACGGAAGCAGACAAGACAUUGUGAAUGCUUCAUUAAGUUCCUCCUACAUUUGGCCAGAUUGCAAAGUCUUAAGAUUAACAAAAAACAUGAGGUUGAGUGAUCAAACAAAUGAUAUUGAGGAAACAAAGGCCUUUGUAAACUGGCUUUUGGAUAUAGGAGAAGGAAAUGUGGGUGGUUUCAAUGAUGGUGAGGCAAUUAUUGAUAGACCUGAUGAUCUUCUCAUUACUGAUUCAUCUGAUCCAAUCGGUUCAUUAAUUGCAUUUGUCUAUCCUUCUAUUAUUGAAAAUGCCAAUCAUCCCAAGUUUUUUCAAGAAAGAGCAAUCCUUGCACCGAAAAACGAAGUUGUUCAGGAAAUAAAUGAUCGUCUGUUAUCACUAUUUCCAGGUGAUGAAAAAGAAUACUUGAGUUCAGACAGUCUUUGUCAUUCAGAUUUUGUUCAUAAUGACAUUGAUGAAAGCUUGUAUUCGCCGGAUGUUCUAAAUGGUCUUAAACCGUCAGGUUUGCCGAUCCAUAAGUUGGUAUUAAAAGUUGGUGUUCCAGUUAUGUUACUGAGGAAUAUUAUCCAAAAAGUGAGGCUGCCAUCGUUAUUCUUCUUCAAUGCAGUCUGCAUACAGCUUCUGGAUUUCUUGAUAAUUGGUCAAAAUGAAGAUUAUGUGUUUGAUGAUAUAACUGUUUGCUAUGUAACCGCCAGAUGGUACGAUUAA